GGCACUUGGCCAGCUCAGUCGAGAAACGGAGCUCGCUAACGACACUUGGGGUAAGCGGAGACCGAGACCGAGAUCGAGCCGAGCUGAGACUGCCUUGUCGAGCGGAGUACCAGCUAGCUGAAUGAAAAACGGAAUAAGCCAAGAGCCAGAGCCAGAGCUAGAGCCAGCGCCAAGAGCCACACUUGAAAAUCGGCGAAAAGCACGAAAGAGUAAAACAGCAACUGGUCGCAAAGAAAUUGCAACACCGAAGGCGCGCGUGCGCAACACGAUAAGUUAGAAAAAGAGCUCUGUGCCUAGGAAAGUCAAACAAAAGGCACAAUAAGGCUGACUACGAUGGCGGCCGUUGAAGUGAGGAAUGGCUGCAAGUACUAUGGCUCCAAGUCGAACCCGAAGGUGGUGCUCAACCAACUGAACAUGAACGUGAUGCGUGGCUCCAUCUAUGGCCUGCUGGGCGCCUCCGGGUGUGGCAAGACCACUCUGCUCUCCUGCAUCGUCGGCCAGAGGCGUCUCAACGGCGGGGAGGUGUCCGUGCUGGGCGUGAAGCCCGGCGAACCGGGCAGCGGAGUGCCUGGCUCCCGGGUGGGCUUCAUGCCCCAGGAGAUCGCCCUGGUGGAGGAGAUGACCGUCAAGGAGACCAUCUUCUACUUCGGACGCAUCUACGGCCUGACGGACGAGAAGAUCCGGGAGAAGUUCAAGCUGCUCAAGGAGCUGCUGCAACUGCCCCCGGCCACCCAGAUGAUCAAGCAGUGCAGUGGCGGGCAGCAGCGGCGUCUCUCCUUCGCCUGCGCCAUGAUCCACGAUCCCGAGCUGCUCAUCCUGGACGAGCCGACCGUGGGACUGGAUCCCAUGCUGCGUGAGAAGAUCUGGAACUUUCUUGUGGAGACCACAAGGAACAGUAAACUGGCUGUGAUCAUCACCACCCACUACAUAGAGGAGGCCAAGCAGGCCAACUGCAUCGGCCUGAUGCGAAACGGCGUGCUCCUGGCCGAGGACACCCCCACCAACAUCAUGAUCAAGUUUGGAACUCAAUCGAUCGAGGAUGCCUUCCUCAUCCUGAGCCAGCGGCAGGGCAACGAGGACGACCUGGUCCAGAUCAUGGACCACAACAAGAAUCAGACCUUGGCCCCGGCCGUGCUGCCCCCGGAGGUCAUUGACACCGCCGAGCCGAACAUGCCGGAGAAGGCUCCCAUUCCCUACGAGGAGGCCCCCAACGAGAACCGCAAGAAGGUCUUCUUCACCACCAAGGGACGGAUCAAGGCCCUGAUGACCAAGAACUUUGUCCAGCUCUUCAGACAGCCCUCAGGAAUCAUCUUCAUGCUGCUGUUCCCCCUCAUCCAACUGACAUGCUUCUACCUGGCGAUCGGCAAGACGCCCACCAACCUGGAGCUGGGAGUGUACUCGGGCGAGGUGGACAGCUACGGGGAGUGCUUCGACGAGAACCUGGUCACGGUGUACAGCGGCGAGGACAGCUGCCAGUUCAACAAGCUCUCCUGCCGCUACAUCCGAGAGCUGGGCGACGACGUGGCCACCCGGAAGUACUAUUCCAACGAGGCGGAUGCCCUGAGCGACGCCAAGAAGGCGGUGACUGUCGGAUACCUGCACUUUGCCCAGAACUUCAGCGAGUCGAUCUUCUCGGUGAUGGAGGACGGCAUCCAUGCCACCGACGGAGCUGUGGACCACGCCGAACUGAGUGUCCACAUCGACAUGACAGACCAACAAGUGGCCUACUUCAUGCAGCGCAAGCUCCGCGAAAAGUUCAGCGCGUUCAUGAGGAGCGUGGUGAAGGACUGUAACGCCUCGGCGGCCCUCGUGGAGCUGCCAGUCCAGUUCCAGGAGCCGAUCUUCGGUUCCACGGACAUUGAGUUCCAGCAGUACUGUGCUCCCGGAGUGGUCAUGACCAUGGUCUUCUUCUUGGCCACCUUGAUGACGGCGGCGGUGUUCAUCUCGGAGCGCAUGGAUGGGAUCUGGGACCGGACCCUGUUGGCGGGCGUGUCGGCCACCGAGAUGCUGUGGGCCCAUCUCUUGACCCAACUCAUUAUCAUGGCCCUGCAGUCGUUCGAGGUCAUCAUGUACAUCGGCCUGGUCUUCGAUACCUACAACAAUGGGGACACCACCACGCUCAUCGGCCUGCUCACACUGACCGCCUUCUGCGGCAUGCUGUUCGGUCUCUUUAUAUCCGUGUUUUGUAAGUCGCACACCGAGGCGAAUUUUGUGGCAACGGGCGCCUUCUAUCCGAUGAUCAUACUCUGCGGACUCUUGUGGCCCCUGGAGAGCAUGCCGCAGUUCCUGCAGGACCUAGUGAUGGUGCUGCCCUUCACAAUACCCUCCAUAUCCGCCCGGAAUGUGAUCGAAAAGGGAUGGGGCAUCACCAACGCCAAGGUCUACAAUGGCUUCCUGGUCAUGUCCGGCUGGACGAUCAUCUUCUUUGUGCUGUGCCUCAUCGGGAUCAGACGGAAGGCAUAGAGGCACUUCCUGGGGGCCCUUCAUCACAUAGUUCUUACGAAUUAGCAUUUUUUUUAGGUGAUACCACACACGCAUAUCGUUCUAAUUUAAUAAUUAUCGGAAGCACAUCACUCGCAUGCUACAGACUCUCAU